GGGGACAGUGCAGACAUCUCCAGAGCGCUUCUGCAGACUGAGGGCAGCUAGCGACUCUGCCCUCCCCCGACUGCCUCAUCCUCCCAGCCAUCUCGGCCGCCCGAGCCCGGGAGAGCCGCUGUCCUCGCCGCCCGGUCAGAGCGUGUGGCUCGCACGGCCACCACCGGCUGCCCCGCGCCACGCAGGAGCCCGAGGCGCACGGGUCCGGGAAGAGGGCCGGCCGGGCGUGUUUGAUGGCUUCACUGAGAAGAGUCAAAGUGCUGCUGGUUUUGAACUUGAUCGCAGUGGCCGGCUUCGUGCUCUUCCUGGCCAAGUGCCGGCCCAUCGCGGUGCGCAGUGGAGACGCCUUCCACGAGAUUCGGCCGCGCGCGGAGGUGGGCAACCUCAGCGCACACGGCGCCAGCCCGAUCCAGGAUGCGGUGCUGAAGCGCCUGUCACUGCUCGAGGACAUCGUGUACCGGCAGCUGAAUGGCUUAUCCAAAUCCCUUGGGCUCAUUGAGGGUUACGGUGGACGUGGGAAAGGGGGUCUUCCUGCUACCCUUUCCCCGGCUGAAGAGGAAAAGGCUAAGGGACCCCAUGAGAAGUAUGGCUAUAAUUCCUACCUCAGUGAAAAAAUUUCACUGGAUCGUUCCAUUCCGGAUUAUCGUCCCACCAAGUGCAAGGAGCUGAAAUACUCCAAGGACCUGCCCCAGAUCUCCAUUAUCUUCAUCUUUGUGAACGAGGCCCUGUCGGUGAUCCUGCGAUCUGUCCACAGCGCUGUCAACCACACGCCAACACACCUGCUGAAGGAGGUCAUUCUGGUGGAUGACAACAGUGACGAAGAGGAACUGAAGGGGCCGCUGGAGGAGUACGUGCACAAGCGCUACCCCGGGCUGGUGAAGGUGGUACGCAAUCAGAAGAGGGAGGGCCUGAUCCGGGCCCGCAUCGAGGGCUGGAAGGCUGCCACGGGCCAGGUCACCGGCUUCUUUGAUGCCCACGUGGAAUUCACUGCUGGCUGGGCUGAGCCUGUCCUGUCCCGCAUCCAGGAGAACAGGAAGCGGGUGAUCCUGCCCUCCAUCGACAACAUCAAGCAGGACAACUUUGAGGUGCAGCGGUAUGAGAACUCCGCUCACGGGUACAGCUGGGAGCUGUGGUGCAUGUACAUCAGCCCCCCGAAAGACUGGUGGGAUGCCGGAGACCCUUCUCUCCCCAUCAGGACGCCCGCCAUGAUCGGCUGCUCCUUCGUGGUCAACAGGAAGUUCUUUGGUGAAAUUGGCCUUCUCGAUCCCGGGAUGGACGUGUAUGGAGGAGAAAACAUAGAGCUUGGAAUCAAGGUGUGGCUCUGUGGUGGCAGCAUGGAGGUCCUGCCCUGCUCCCGGGUGGCCCACAUCGAGCGGAAGAAGAAGCCGUACAACAGCAACAUCGGCUUCUACACCAAGAGGAAUGCUCUGCGCGUGGCUGAAGUCUGGAUGGACGACUACAAGUCCCACGUGUACAUAGCGUGGAACCUGCCGCUGGAGAACCCAGGAAUCGACAUUGGUGAUGUCUCUGAAAGAAGAGCAUUAAGGAAAAGCUUAAAGUGCAAGAACUUUCAGUGGUAUCUGGACCACGUCUACCCAGAAAUGAGAAGAUACAAUAACACCAUUGCUUAUGGGGAGCUUCGCAACAACAAGGCCAAAGAUGUGUGCUUGGACCAGGGGCCGCUGGAGAACCACACAGCAAUACUGUACCCGUGCCAUGGCUGGGGACCGCAGCUGGCUCGCUACACCAAGGAGGGCUUCCUGCACCUGGGCGCGCUGGGGACCACCACACUCCUCCCUGACACCCGCUGCCUGGUGGACAACGCCAAGAGCCGGCUGCCCCAGCUCCUCGACUGCGACAAGGUCAAGAGCAGCCUGUACAAACGCUGGAACUUCAUCCAGAAUGGAGCCAUCAUGAACAAGGGGACGGGACGCUGCCUGGAGGUGGAGAACCGUGGCCUGGCCGGAAUUGACCUCAUCCUCCGCAGCUGCACAGGCCAGAGGUGGACAAUUAAGAACUCUAUCAAGUAGCAGAGGGAGCAGGGGCACCUGGACC